GACGAGAAACCGCAACGGAGUUAGAAGCUGCCUCCUCGACCUAUUUUAAAACACAUACAUUUACUGAGACGCAGUGAUGGACUAGAAUAAAGUGAGACAAUCAAAGUCUAUGGUUGGUAGUGGGAUCUUCCUUUCUUCAUCACAUGAGGGACGGGGUAGCCUGCCUUACUGCCCUCUUCACAGAUACCUGCCUCCUCCUUGGAGGGAAACAAACCUUGGUCAUAGGAAAUCCGCCUCUCCUGAUUUGAGGAAAAUGUUUCGCCCUGGAAGAGAAAACCAUCAGAAUGAACCAAGGGAAGUCUCUGCCUCCAAUGCGGUAAAACUCAGCAAUAAGCUGAGAGCCACACUGAAGAAAAAGUACCAAAGUCCGCCAGGGGGGGAAACUGAGCAUCCAUUUUAUAUACAUUGUGAUCUCCAGUAUCCACCUGGUGAAAGUGGAGAGGUGAACCAACAUGAAUACAUUCAAAUUAAGCCAACCUUCAGGAAGACACACCAAUGGAGAUGCUCACCCUUAAGCUUAUACUUUGAUUCUGAACUAGACGACGAGCGAGUCAGAAUAGCGCUGACAAAGGGCGUCUCUGGUAUUGGCAAAACUAGCCAGGUGCGGAUGAUUAUUCUUAACUGGGCAGAGGGAAAAGGAAACCAGGAAUGUCCUCUCAUAUUUCCCCUUCCUUUCCGGGAGCUGAAUUUGCUGAAGGAGAGACUAAGUCUGAUUGAACUUCUUUACAAGUUUUUCCCAGAAUUGAAAGAACCAGGAAUUUCCAACUUGGAGAACUUCAGAGUUGGGUUCAUUCUUGACGGGCUGGAUGAAUUCCGACGUCCUCUCGACUUCAAGAACAGCCCGAUAGUGACCGAUCUCACAGAGCCCUCCUCCGUGCCAGCACUGCUGACAAACCUAAUUAAUGGCAAUCUUCUUCCCUUCGCCGCUCACAUAUGGAUUACCUCUAGACCUGAAGCAGUCCAUCUCAUCCCUCUUCAGUACAUCAACGAAGUGACAGAAAUUGAAGGCUUCACAGACUCUCAGAAAGAGGAGUUCUUCAGAAGAGCAAUCAUUCACACGGACCAGGCCAAUGCAAUUAUCCACCACUUGAAGUACUCAAAAAGCUUCUAUGUCUUGUGCCAGAUACCUAUUAUCUGUUCGAUUUCGGCAUCAGUCCUCGUUAGACAGACAUGGCUAUCCGGUAAAGAAUAUGACCCCGGAGCUCUGACUCCAAUGUACACUGACCUACUCGCCCUGUUGCAAACACGGGACCAGAAUACACAGAAGAUGGCUAUUAAAUUGGGGGAACUAGCCUUUAAGCAGUUGGUGAAAGGCAACACGGUUUUCUACGAGGAAGACCUACGAGAGUGCAACAUUAACUGUGAUGAGGGGUCAGAGUUUGCAAAAGUAAGCAUACCCAUCUUCAGGGAGGAUAUUGGGCUGCAGCAAAAGAAGAUCUACUACUUUGGGCAUACCACCAUUCAGGAUUUCUUUGCUGCGAUGUGGUUUAAUCGAUCCUGCAACAGCCUAGAUGAAAACCUGAGGAAUGCAGUGGACAUGGCCUUGCAGAGCAAAAACGGAAAGCUAGACCUCUUCCUCCGGUUCCUCCUCAGCUUCUCGCAGAGCUUCAUCCAGUCAAUCGCAGAGGCCGGCUACAACUCGUCGGAGACACUGACGGAAACGGUAGAGUAUAUCAAGAAGAAGGUCAUGGAGAAUCCCGCUUCACCGAGGACCCUCAACCUGCUGAACUGUCUGACGGAACUGGGUGACAGCUCUUUAGAAAUUGAUGGUGUGAGCUUUCUCAAGACGGGAAUCCUCCCAGAUGCCAAAUACCCACGUGCACAUUGGUCUGACCUGGCCGCUGUGUUAGUGGCAUCGGAGUCUGGGCCGAUAGCGAUGCUUGGGUUGGAAGUAAAGAAGAGAGGAGACAAGGAACUUCUGAGGAUGCUGCCAGUGAUCAAAGCUAUCCAGACAGCCACGCUGUCAUAUCACAAACUAACAGAGAAAUCCUGUGAAUGUCUGGCCUCGGCGCUCACCUCAAAGGUGUCCAAUCUGAAAACUCUGGACUUGAGUUUCAACACGCUGAUGGACUCAGGAGUGCAGCUGUUGGUGGCCGGCUUGGCCAAGCCACACUGCCAACUGGAGAGACUGAAACUGUCCGGCUGCAGGGUGAAACAGGAUGGCUUUGCCGCUCUGGCCAAAGCUCUCAAAUCCAACCCCUUGCACCUGCUGGAGCUGGAUCUGAGCGGCAACGAACCGGGAGAAUCGGGGGUGUUUUAUCUCGUUGACGGACUGAAGGUUGUCAAUUGCAAACUGCAGAUCCUGAAGCUCUCAAACUGCAAGCUGGGCCUGGAGCUGAGUCGCGCUCUGGCGGUGUUGCUGAUAGACAACCCUAGACACCUGCGCGAGCUGGACGUCAGCAUGAACGACCUGGGAGACCGGGGGGUGGAGCUGCUCAUGGACAUACUGAAGUCAACCCAGAUAUACAAACUGGAGUUGUACUGUUGUCAGCUCACUGAGAAAUGCUGUGAGAACAUGUUUAGGUGUCUGGUGAACAUCCCCAGUCUGAGGGAGCUCAACCUGAGCAACAACAACCUGAAGGACGAGGGAGUCAAGAUGCUCUGCAACGCCUUCGGACUGCCCGCCUGUCAACUGGAGAAACUCAAUGUGGCGAGCUGUGGCAUCACCCUAGUCAGAGGGUUGCAUUUCAACUCUAUCCUCAAAGAGCUGGACAUCAGCAGGAACCAUCUGGGUGACUCGGAUGACUGGGCCGAUGUCUUGUUCUGCUUGUCUUCACUUGAGACCCUCAGGGUGAGUGACUGUAAACUGACAGAGAAAUGCUGUGGGGAGCUGGUCAAAGCUCUCAGCUCCAACCUCACCAACCUGAAAGAGCUGGAUCUCUCUGGAAACGACCUGGGAGACCAUGGUGUGAAGACUCUCUACGUGGGACUGACGUCCAGGUGUUGUACACUGGAGAGACUGUUUCUGAGAUGCUGUGGGAUCACAGUAAAAGGCUGCUCCUCCCUAGCCUUAGCCCUGAAGUCCAGCCACUCCAGCAUCACAGAACUAGGCCUGAUGGGAAACGACACGGGAGAAGAAGGACUGAGAAUUCUCUCUGACGUCAGGGACAAUCAACGCUACAAACUACAGACUCUAGAAAUCAACGAUUGAGAGAGAGAGAGGUCUUGACUCGCUUGAUGGGGUUCUUCUUAGCGUCUCGAUCCUCAAGUUCUGUACUCGCUCUGGUCGGAAGUGGUGUACUGUAAAGGGAACAGGAUGCUACCUCGGACGCAGACCGGGAUUUGCCAUUCAGACGACUGAGUUGAUCGUUGUACAGACUUAAAGAAGUGCCUAAACUUGAAAAAAGUGAAUUCUAUAGAAUUUUAAAGAGGUGGAUGCCCUUUAGGAGGUAACCACAUUGUCUGUACCAAACUUAAGGAUGUUACUCAGUACCUUUAGCCUCAAUCACGCUCAGUAACCUCGAAGUCCAUGCAGUAUUUUUUUUGCACAUCAAUGUCAAGUCAAGAUGUUACAGUAUACGAUGUAGCCUUUACUGAAGAGAAGGGUGAUGCUAUGUUUUACAUAAUGACCUUAUUGUUUUUUCUUGUUAAACCAAGGAUGUGUCAUCAUUGGGGGACUAUAGUGGGACUGAAUAAAUGAAUAAGCCAUUUGAA